AUGUCCCGGCGACUUGUAGCUGCGGCAUUCGCUAUCGCGUCGCUGCUGCCGGCAUGCGACGCCUUCUAUCUCCCUGGUACUGCUCCCGUCGACUACACUCCUGGAGAGCAAGUACCGUUACGGGUCAACAGGCUUACGCCUAUGGUUGGACCUAGCGAUGCCAAAAUAAAAUCUCUCAUCAACUAUGAUUACUACAACCCACACUUUCACUUUUGCGAGCCAGAAGGCGGCCCCACAAAGAUGCCAGAGUCACUUGGCAGCAUUCUCUUCGGGGACCGUAUCUUCGACUCGCCAUAUAAUAUCAAAAUGCUCGAGAACGUGUCCUGCGCAACUCUAUGCAUGUCCGUAAUUCCGGCUGAGGACGCAAAAUUCAUCAACGAGCGCAUCAAGGAGGACUAUGCCAUCAACUGGCUGGUCGAUGGUCUCCCUGCCGCAGAGAUGAAGCAGGACGAGCGUACUGAUGAGAUCUUCUACGACACAGGCUUCAAUCUGGGUAUAGAUGAUGGGGCGUUCGAGGAGCUCCCUGCAAUCAACAAUCAUUACGACAUCGUUAUGCAAUACCACGUCCGUGACAACAACCAUUACCGUGUUGUCGGUGUCCUUGUUUGGCCCAGGAGUAUCGAAGCGACGAAUGAGACUCCCGAUUCGCAGCGCUGCAACCGAAAUGCGCCUCCUCUCAUCCUGAACGAGGGUCGCACAAACUCCAUCUACUAUACAUACACUGUUGCAUGGGAGCAAUCGGAUACCCCAUGGGCAACCCGCUGGGAUCACUAUCUGCAUAUCUUCGACCCGAAGAUCCACUGGUUCAGUCUGAUCAACUCAAUCGUCAUCGUCGUAUUCCUGUGCGUGAUGGUCUCCAUGAUCCUGGUUCGUACAGUGUCCCGAGAUAUCUCUCGUUACAACGCACUAGAUCUGACGGAGGACGUGCAAGAGGAUUAUGGAUGGAAAUUGAUCCAUGGCGAAGUUUUCCGUCCACCUCGGUAUCCCAUCGUAUUGUCCGUCCUUGUUGGGAAUGGUGCGCAACUAGGCGCCAUGGUGGCUGUCACCCUCGUAUUUGCCCUUUUUGGCUUCCUAUCACCAUCUAACCGUGGCUCUCUUGCUACCGUCAUGAUUAUCUGCUGGACCCUCUUUGGGUGUGUCGCUGGGUACAUGUCACAGCGUGUAUAUAUGUCCAUCGGCGGUACUGAAUGGAAGAAGAAUGUGUUCUUCACUGCUACAGUCAUGCCUGGAUUCGUGUUUGCGGUUGUUUUCUUCCUCAACCUCUUCCUGAUUGGGACCGGCUCUUCGGGUGCAGUUCCAUUUGGCACAAUGUUGGCUAUUGUCCUGUUGUGGUUUGUCAUCUCCGCGCCUCUCACUGCUGUGGGCGUGUUCUUCGGAUUGAAGCACGGUGGCGUCUCUCACCCGGUUCGGGUGAGUCCGAUUCCUCGCCAAAUACCAACAGCUCCUAGGUACCUCAGACCAUGGGCGUCUGCUCUCUUGGCUGGCAUCUUGCCCUUUGGUGCUGCUUUCGUUGAGCUCUACUUCGUCCUGUCAAGCCUCUUUGGCUCUCGCGCCUAUUAUGCCUUCGGUUUCCUUGCACUCACUGCUGGAGUCGUAUGCAUAACAACCGCGACUGUUGCCAUCCUCUUCACAUACUUCAUCUUGUGUGCCGAAGAAUACCGGUGGCACUGGAGAUCGUUCUUCAUUGGUGGCGGUAGCGCCUUUUGGCUCAUUACCUAUGGGUUAUUCUAUUGGGCCUCGAGGCUGUCACUCGAUUCUUUCGCCAGUGUCGUCUUGUAUCUGGGCUACUUAUUUCUCAUUGCAUUAUUCGAUUUCCUCAUUACUGGUACGAUCGGUUUCCUCGCAACGUACUGGGCUAUGCGCAAGCUGUAUGGCGCCAUUCGUAUUGAUUAA